CCUGCUCCGGCUCUAGAUCUGGAUCUGGAUCUCAGACUGAGGAUGAACUCGUUGAAUUUCUGCGGUGCCUCCGGUGCAGCUGCCUUCCCCGUCCCCGGGCUCAACUCCAUGCUGUUCGACCUCCACCACCAGAUGGCGGAGCAGUACCAUGUUUACCCCGCGGGCCCGGGCCCUGGCCCCGCCGCGCACACCCUGUCUGUGGCGGAGCGGCUGGCAGAGCUCAUUCUAGAGGCUCGUUACGGGAACCAGCAGAAGCAGCGUCGCAGCCGGACGGCGUUCACCGUGUCCCAGCUGCAGGCGUUGGAGAAAGCCUUCCAGCAGACCCAGUACCCGGACGUGGGCAUGAGGGAGAGGCUGGCGCUGUGCAUCAACCUGCCCGAGGCUCGCAUUCAGGUGUGGUUUAAGAACAGGAGGGCAAAGUUUCGUAAAGGCCAGAAGUGCUCCCCUCUGUCCGGAGACCAGGGUUUAGAGGAGGCGCCGCAUCGCAGUAGUAAAGCGGGACAGGAGGAAGUCAAGACAGAAGACAAACGGGACGUCACCACAUCCUGCAACGACAGCACCCUCGACCCUUCGCCUCCACCUCCUCAUCUUCCUCCUCAUCCUCAUCCUCCUCUCACUACAGGGAAAAGCCAGAAGCUCACCCCCCCGACCCCUCAUUCGGACUCUGAGGUCUCACAGUGCCGCCUCGGACUACACUCCCCGCCGCUUUUCCCCUUUGUGACGGGGGACAGCUUCACCCACCCGCCUCACCCACCUGUCGCCCUCCCCCCUGUGUUCUGGCCCUUCGUCCAACAGCACAGAUCUGUCCUGGGGGUCCCUCCGUCAUUAGUGACUAAAAACUGCAGCCUCUCCAUUCAGACCGCCUCCUCCAAUAAAGCAGUGCCUUUCCCUCACCUGGGACUAUAACUGCAGACUGACACACCUGACAGAUGGACCAAAACACUGGACACCUGAAAGGAAGAACACUUUCAUACAUAAAACUGACACCUGGAAACAUCAAACAUGCAUCUGUGUUCACACAGUUUUAUCAAAUGCCUGGAAUCUAAAUCUGUACAGUCACUUUUUUUGAUAAAUAUUUGUAGUAGACACAUUUUCACUUAUCUAGCCGAUCUGCUUAAUUUUUUCCAUUAUAGUUUUAAGCAGGUUCAGUCUUCAGCAUUAUAAUCACUGUAUAAGGUUUUACUACACUGUCAGUAACAAUGACAGAGACAUGUGUGACUGCAGCAUAGUAAUAUGAAAUAAAACCAUUUGUUCCUCA